AUGGGCAAACCAUGGCAGACUGGAGGUGGGUCCCGGAGAUCUGCCAAGCUUGCAGCGGGCACGCCUUCCAUCAUCCCGCAGCAUGCUUCCGAUCUGAUGCUAUUCCCAAAGCAUACCAUCACAAAAACACAACCGCACUUACCGUCCAUACUGCCACCUGUCCACACCACAGCCCAUCUCGGUGUUGUUUGGCCAGGCACAGAGACGAUCAUGGCUCCCACCCAGCUGCCCGACAACGGCAAUCCGCUGGUCUUCUUUGACAUCACACUAGGAGGAGAGCCCCUUGGCCGGAUCACGUUUGAGCUGUUCAAGGAUGUCGUGCCGCGCACGGCGGAGAACUUCCGCCAGCUCUGCACGGGCGAGUACAAGGUGAACAACAAGCCCCAGGGAUACAAAGGCUCACGAUUCCACCGCAUCAUCCCCAAGUUCAUGUGCCAGGGCGGCGACUUCCUGCACGGCGACGGCACGGGGUCGACGUGCAUCUACGGCACCAAGAGCUUCGCGGACGAGAACUUCACGCUCAAGCACGAGCACGAGGGCCUGCUGAGCAUGGCCAACGCGGGGCCCAACACCAACGGGUCGCAGUUCUUCGUCACCACGGUCCCGACGCCCUUCCUCGACGGCAAGCACGUCGUCUUCGGCAAGGUCGUCGACGGCAUGGACGUCGUGCGCAAGAUGGAGGCCACCAAGACCGGCCGCCGCGGCAGGGACGUGCCGGACCUGGACGUCCUCAUCGCGCAGUGCGGUGAGAUGUGA